CGGCUGAACCCCGGAAGGCAGCAGCCAGGAGGCCGGUGUGACGACACCCCGGGCCAGGGCGGAGCAUAAGACCGGGUUCCCGGCUCGCUCUCUGUCACGGUGCAAGCCCCACCUCGCUGCAGAGCCGGGUCCGGAGUCUCCGUUUCCCCUGCCCCGGUGUCUGUGCCGAACCGCUGCCGCCGGUCUCCCCAUGGCGAGCUGCUUCCGCGGCCCCCUCCCGGGGCGCCCCUCGCUGCCGCUGUUCCUGCUGCUGCUCCGCGUCUCCCUCGCGCAGGAGAGGGCGGCGGCCACGUCCCUGCUGAGCGGCUAUUUCGGGACCAAGUCCCGGUACGAGGAGGUGAAUCAGCACCUGCUGCAGGACCCGCUCUCCCUGGGGCCCCCGGACCCGGGGUACCUGCUGCCCUCCGCCGCCUGCGCCCCGCUGCAGCUCCGCGCCCUCAUCCGCCACGGCACACGCUUCCCCACCGAGAAGCAGAUCCGCAAGCUGGGCCAGCUGCACCGCCUGCUCCGCAGCCAGGAGCGGCCCUGCCCCGCCGCGCAGCAGUUCGCCCACUGGGACAUGUGGUACCACCCAGACAUGGACGGGAAGCUGGCGCCCAAGGGCCGCCUCGACAUGGAGCAGCUGGCCCAGCGUCUGGCCGCCCGCUUCCCCGGCCUGUUCUCCCCGCAGCGCCGCUUCGCCUUCGCCAGCAGCUCCAAGCACCGGUGCGUGGAGAGCAGCGCCGCCUUCCGCAAGGGGCUGCAGCUGGCCCUGCACCGGCAGCUCCCGGCCAGAGGUAACGAAGCGGGAAAGGCUGGCCUGGGUGCCCCGGCACACUCGGGGGGGAAUAAAGUGGGGCCCUGGCCUGGGGGCCUUUGGGCCCCAGCACACACUACUGGCGCAGAUAUCGAGAAUGAAGAGACUGAGAUUAAUGACAAAUUAAUGAGGUUUUUUGAUCAUUGUGAGAAGUUUGUAACCUGUGUAGAAGAGAACGCUACAGCUAUGUACGAAGUGGAUGCCUUCAAACAGGGUCCUGAGAUGAAAAGGGUUUUGGAAAAAAUUGCGGCUACCUUGUGUGUACCAGUGCGUGAUUUAAAUGCAGAUUUGGUCCAAGUUGCUUUUUUUACUUGUUCGUUCGAGUUAGCUAUUAAAAAUGUGAAUUCUCCUUGGUGCUCACUCUUCAAUGAAGAGGAUGCUAAGGUACUGGAAUACCUGAAUGACCUAAAGCAGUACUGGAAGAGAGGAUAUGGGUAUGAUAUCAACAGUCGUUCCAGCUGUAUUUUAUUUCAAGAUAUCUUCAAACACUUGGACAAAGCCAUUGCAGAGAGUAAAAGUUCCAUGCCCAUUUCUUCACCUGUAAUCCUGCAAUUUGGACAUGCAGAGACCCUUCAGCCACUGCUUGCUCUAAUGGGUUUCUUCAAGGAUGAGGAGCCCCUUGCUGCUAACAAUUACAAAAAACAAAUGCAUCGGAAGUUUCGUAGUGGUCGCAUUGUGCCUUAUGCCUCAAACCUGAUAUUUGUGCUUUAUCACUGUGACCAAGCUAAGACCCCUGAGGAGGAGUACCAAGUACAGAUACUGUUGAAUGAAAAGCUGCUGCCAUUUCCUCACUCGGAGGAAACUGUCUCUCUGUACACAGAUCUGAAGAACCAUUAUAAGGACAUCCUUCAAAACUGCCACUUCAGUGAAGAAUGUGAAUUAUCAAAAACUAAUAAUACUUCCACUGAUGAACUUUGAGGGAGAAGAAUAGAACAAAUAUCAUGGAAAUUGAUUUCUGGUAUGCAGUUUGGUAUGUGUGGUGAACAAGUGUUUCUCAUCAGUGUUGGUUUUUUAUUUCCUGCUCAUAUAUUCACAUUCUCAUCUUACAUCUCCAAACUAAUAAUAAAUGCUUAUUCCGAUGUCUUAAUUCAGGAAUUUCUUAAAAGUCUAAGUAUAUAUUGUCUCUAUUGCAUGAGCACAAUUUUGAAAAUAAUUUCUUUAAUUAACCUGACUAUUGGGAUAAGCAUUUGUUACAAAUAUGAAGAUGCAAGGUAAAGUAUAUUUAUACAUUUAUAUGCAUUAAUAUAUAAUUAUUUAUAUUAUUCCUGGUUUUUGAGCUUGCACAGUAGAUAAGUUUAGAGGACCAGGACACUUUAGCUUACCAGAAUGGCACUUGGUGGGACUGAUGGCAUUUCCCUCUCAUCUGUCUCCCUCGCUCUAUCCUUCCUUCUGUUUCUUAGUGUUUCUCUGAUGUCACAGGCAUAAAAUGACCCUCUUCUAUUUGCUUAUUUUUACAGCUAGAUGUUGGCUGCCCUUUCAAGGUUCAAUAAGGAAAGGGUGCAAAGUGCUUUCUCCCCAACCACUGUCUGGGCAGGAGUCAGCCAUGAUUCUAAUUCCUGCACUCUUCUGAGCAUAGCAACUUCCUUGGAUAGUGCCCCCAUGGGUAUUUUCCAACCAAAAAGACGCAGGGGGUUGAAUUUCCAUGGCAUAAAGCCUUCUUCAGCCUACCUGCCAGAGCUAAUUGGUCACUGAGGGAAGCAUGUCCUGAUUUUUCUGAAUCCGUGCAGUGGCCAUUGCUCUGGAAGAUGUACCAAUCCUCUGCCAGCCUUAUAGGUCUCCUUCAAUUUCAUACUGUUUUUGUUUAACAGUUCAGGUUAAGGCAUACAAAUAUUGCAUGUUUGGCCCCAUUCAGACUGGAUUUCCUCAUCCUCUGACAAGUGGUGGUGAUAUUAUAGUAUAAUAACUAUCAGGCAGAGAUUUUUACUAUUAUUCUGGAGCCAAGUGCUAUCAAUGCUACCCAAAAGCUUGGGCUUUUUUGGGUAUGUCUACUUUGCAGCUGGGAGUGUCCUUCCCUACUCGGGUCGACAGACGUAGGCUAGUUACACUUGAGCUAGUGUGCUAAACAGUGGUGUAGCCAAGAGUAGCUUGGGUGGCAGCUCGGGCUAACCACCUGAGUACUAACCCACUGGACAUCCUGGAUUCAUACACGUUUGGCUAGCCCAAGCUACCACCUCUGCUGCCUUCAGCUACACUGAUGGUUUUUUCCGUGCAGCUCGAGCAGAGCUGACAUGGUCUGUCUACCUGAGCUGGGAAGCACACUCCCAAGUGGAGUGGAGAUGUACCCCCUGCCUAUGUGCCAGCCAAUCCUUGAAACAGGACUUUUAUUCUAAAAGAAUGGACUACUUGUUCCCUGAGUGCAGUAUUGCUAACUUUUAAAGGAGAUUGUACCUGUAUUGAAGUAGGAUUAUUUGCCUCUGAAAAAUGUAAGAUACUGUAAAGAAAAUUUUAAUGUAAUAAAUGCAGAUAAUUACGAAGAGUAAAUGUCUGAAAUAGAAUACAGAUAAUGAAAACAGUCAAAUAGAAACCAUUAUCAUGGUUGUCUCAUUAGGCAGAUCAUAUUGAGAAAUGUCAAGAUCUAUUAGAAACCAAUGAAACUCAAGCAGUUGCAAAGUUAUAAGUAAAAUUCUAAGUGCCUAAAUACCACUGUUUCACGUAGGUGCUCUUGAAGAUUUUGCUCGUGUAGUCUGUUGUUCGCAAGUCAUAUUGGUUAAUUGAAUGAGUAGGAUCAAAUCAGAUAAAAUUUGAACUCAAAAUAACGUUGAAAUUAUUUGAUUUUAAUACUUUUUAAUGGAACCAUACCUAUAUUUUUAUCGUUUCAAUCUGUUUUACAAGGCUUAGCAUUAUGCUGGGCAGUACAAUAGUGUAUUAUAAAUAUGACAGUCUCAAUGAAGGGAUAAUGAUUUAUCACUAAAUGGAAUUGCUAAAACGGUAGGUAUUUCUAAACAUUUGGAAAAGUCUUCAAUACAUUCUUAGUGAAAUAUUAGUACCUUAGUAAAGCUAAAUCACGGCAGUUAUCUUUGAAGUGAAUCAAGUACUGAUAGGAUGGAUAAGGAACGGCAUUCAUACUGAAGCAAAUGUGGCAAAGAAAUGAACUCUGUCAGUAUUUGUAUGAACUUUUCUGUUUUAUGUCCAUCUUCGUCUCAGCUUUUUCUCUUGCUUGGUCCUAUAUUGAAGCUAUAGUAGUAUAUGACGUCAGUUUAUUGUCAUCCUUUUCAUAAUACUCGUUAUUAUGGGCUUUACUGCAGGAGCAAGUGGGGAGAAAAGCUAUGAAGAAUUAAACUUUUUCUAAACACACCUAGUUUAAAUACAAAGUAAGCAUAAGGAAUCGUGAAAAGCCACCCUGAAACAAAUAAUCUUCUAUUUCCAGGAAUGAGUCACCUUGUUUUAAUGAGAAUAUGUUCUGGUUUUGAACCUUAUGGGGUGAAAUGUUGGCCCCACUGAAGUCAGUGGAAGUUUUUUCCACUUCUAGGAGCCAGGAUUUCACCCAUGAAGUUUAUUGAAAGGGCUAAGAUGACAAAACUGGAGUCUGUACACAAACCCAUUAGAUAUAAGCCUCCUAUAACUAAAGCAGCUACCUUUCUCAUUCACUUAAAUUUGCUCCAAGAUGGAGGUACUAUUGAGUAGUCCCAUCCACUGUAGUGCAUGGAGGUUUUUUGGGGUUUUUUGGCAUGCGUAAGGGGAAGCAGAGAUGGGUUCUCUUUUUCAGCUGAGGACAAUUCAGUAGUGUCUGCCAGUGAGUCAGUGUGCUGGGCGGAAAAUCAGUUUGAAUAAUUGAAAUUGUGCAAGUUUGGUUCUGCUGUAUUACGUGUAAGGUGUUUUGGAAAACUGUAGUUUGAGUUACUCGUUUGCAAUAAUCAAAUGUAUAUUUUUGGAGCUGAUUAUUUCAGAUAGUGGAUUUAAUUUAGCAAAUUCUAGUAAAAGGUUACAGAUGCAAAUGCAUAUUUUGAAAAUGUACUACACGAACAUUGUAACUGCUCCUUAAGAUUUUAACUUGGAUUGGGUUAUUUUGGUGUAACCUAGUAAAUUGAAAAUAAACUUGCUGUAUAUUAAAUGAAAAAGGAAACUAAGAAAGAUGGUAAGUGUGCUCCAUUACACAGUUGGGCACUAGUCCUGCUCUCAGCAAUGCACAGGUAGACUGCUUUGCCUUGUUGCAAUUACAUGAUUGGAACCUUAAUCCCGCAGUAUUCACUAUGACUUGAGUAAUCUUUUUCCUUUGGCAAGCUUUCUAAGUUACGCAUUUGAGACCUUACUUGUGCUGAUGCAAGGUACUCCUUGUUUCUGGAGAGGUAUGAGCAAAACUAAUUUGUUACUUUGCCAAGAUUUUACUAUUAAAAAAAAAAAUAACACUGUAGGUAUGUUUUACUUAUCAGAUGAAGCCUCGGUUUGCAAUCAUUCUGCAAUCAAAAACACUCUGAUUACAACAUUGGAUCUGUUAUAUUUAAUGCUACUAUUGAAUACUUGAAACAGUCUUUACUAAGAAUAGUUUGAAGCUAGAGCAAUCUUUCUGGCAUCUUUUAGCUGACCACCUCUUAAUUUUUCAUGAUAAACAGUGAAUCUCAACGCUGUAAUUCUGGCUAGCAUAAAGUUGUCCAAUAUUUUUUGCUGUACGUGGUAUGUAUUUGCCGUGGUACUGUAAGUGCUUAGAUGAAAAUAAUUGGCUUUUUGGCCAAAUCUUUUAGUACUAUGAAAUAUGAAAAGUGUCACCGUAUUUGGUAAAUAGAGGUCUAUCUCAGUAGCUCUGUCAGCAACAAUAACUACACGAGGGCAACUACUGCAAUCUCCCGCAAAUACAGUUAGUAACUACUUCAUUUGAAAUUUUAUAUUUGCAUAAUCAUCUUGAUUUCUUUCUCUGGUUAAUGUAAGCCUUGAAGUGGGGGUUGAUGUAGAUUACCUACAUAUUAACCAAUAACUUUAUUUUUCAAUUUGUAUUUUGAAGUGCAUUGUAUUUACUGAUCUUUAUGGGGGUCUUAUUUGAAAGGAUAAUAGUAUUCCAAUUUAAACUUCUAACAGACUAUAUUAAUAUUUCUGAUACACAACUUAAAGGAGUGAAAUGCAAUUUAAAGAAUUAGAAUAACUAACUAUCAUGACUAGGGCCUUUCCAAAUUCACAGUCCAUUCUGGUCAAUUUCACAGCCAUAGGAUUUGAAAAUUAAUCAUUUCCAUGUUUUCAGAGGUUUACAUCUGAAAUUUCAUGGUGUUGUAACUGAGGUUGUGGAGGGGUCACAAAGCUGUUGUGGGGGGUCAUGGGAUUGCCACCCUCACUUCUGGGCUCUUAAGGCAACACCCCCGGAGCUUCCUGCAGCUGCAGGAGGUUCCUAGAGGUGGAGAUGGGUCUGAUCUCCCCCGUGCUGCUGGGAGUGCCCCUAGCAGCUAGGAGCCCCCGGCUGGAGUGCUCUCAGCAGCACAGGGGAGAUCAGCCCCACCUCCAUCAACUUCCUACGGCUGCCCAGUCCUGGAGCUUCCUGCAGCUGGGGUAGGUACCCAGACGGUGGGUCUGACUCCCCUCUUCCCCCCCCCCUUCCUCUCCCCCCCCCCCACACACACACUUUCCCCAAGUGGCUGUGUAGGGGAAGAGCAAGUCCUGUUCCUCCCCAGCCUGGCCAAGACUAGCAGCUGGAGCCGGAGGCCUGGUAGGAGCCCCAGGCUUGGGAACUCCCAGCUAUUCCCUUCCCCUCCAAUAGCUAGAUUUCAGAGGAGAGGACUGAUUGCACGGUCCGUGACAUGUUAUUCACAGUGUGAAUUUGGUAGGGCCCUAAUCAUGACAGAAGUCAGUCUCUUAAAAUAAUUGCAAUAAUGUCUUAAGGAAAAAUGAGUCGUUUUCUUGCUCUUGUCUUUUGUAUCCCCUGAAAUUUGAUGCUUAAACAUCUGUUUUUGUAUAGCUCCUAACACAGUGGAGUCCUGCUCCAUGAUUAAGGCUCCUAGGCACUAUGGAAAUAUAAAUAAUAUUGUGAGAAAUAUUUUUCUUCAGUAGACUUAAACCCUGAACAUGUGUAUCGUCUCACUGUAAAUAAACAUGCUAUUUCUAUUCCAUUCAA